GUUAACCCAUGUGCUGGAUACCUCCAUAUUCAUGCUAGUUAAUAUGUUGAGUAUAUAGGUCCGCCCAUGUGGCUGGCUACCUUCAUAUUCAAGCAAGUGACUAUCUUUAUGUUGGUUAUUUAGGUUAAUUGUUGCUUCAGACCAAAUUAGAAGAUAUAGGCAUCGUGAUUCAGUGAUAACAUGUUAUUAAUAAUCCUUUUACGUCCAUCAGGGUCAAGAAAAGGUACAAUGAAAAGAAGCGGGAGUGCAUGCGGACUGGUGGCGGCCUCCCUCCUGUACAGAAACCAGAAGAGACGCCAAGCUCCGUCACCCUGGAAUUAAUAGGAGAAGAGCUGCAAAGCCUCGUAAAUGACUUUGACUGCGAUGGUCCCGAAUCAGCCCAUCAAGAAAUAUCAAAUGGGAAUCCUGUUGGUACUGUUGUACUACAAUUUCCACCACCCCCAUGCAAUUCUCCGACACCUCCUCCUUCAAAUAGGCCGGUGCCAUCAUUUCAGGCAACACCGCCUGUUUCUGGGCUCGAGACAUCCCAAGAAACCCCUGCACACCUCAGGCAAAUAAUACCCCAGCAGCUAAACAGGCCCACAAGAGGAUGCGUUCCCUUUCUUUCCAGGACCAGUGCUAUGAAAAAAUAAUGUUAUUGAAAAAGGAAGAACAUGAUUUACAU